ACAGACCCAAUAUCAACAAAAUAUUAUAUAACCUUAAAAGUUUAUGAACAAGAGAAAAGGUUUCUAAAUAUUUUUGAAAUUUAGAUAAAAUGUGAUUCAAAAACAGUGAUACAAAGAACUUUAUUAUUAGAGGGAAAAUCGCUGUUUCUUAUGAUAGUAAAUAAUGGCAUCGCCAACAACAUCAUCCGGAAGUCAAACAUCCUGGGAGCCGCACCGGCUCACACAUAUCAAGCCAUCCUUUGACAAUCACGAGAUGGCCCUUGCUAAUCGUAAGGAUCUAUGGCACAAAUUUAUCAUUUUCGACGGUGCCCUGUAUGGACGAACCGAUAUCUUACGCGCUGUAAUAACCGCCUGCGAACCAGCUGUUUUAAUACCGAUUAUGUACACUAUCGAGGAUAAAAAGAAAAGUAGUUUUUUGGCGAAAGGCAGCAGCAAUACUAUAGAAAAUAUAGUGAAGCAAGGAUUGUGCGUAACACUACCUGGUGGACAAGAGGUACACAUGGACAUUGUAUUAGGAUUCCUUAGCACGCAGGAGUUGCAAGUGAACACAAAUAGAAUCAUAGCACAAGCCUUGCAUGCUAGAUAUGAACCUGUGAAGAAGAUAUUCAAUCUGGACGAUUUUGAAAACGAGAAGACAUUGGGUUCAAUAUUCUGUCCUAUUUCAAUACCGAAAAUUCUGGAUAUGGUCCUGCGUUGUAGCAAAAUGGGGAUUAUGGGCAACAGUCGCGAGUCUCAGCAAUCGCGAUUAUCCGUUCGUGAAUUGAGUAUGAAGUACAAUAAGCUCACAGCUAUCAUUCUGUUUGACAAGUUCUUCAACUACCAUCUGACUAAGCUAGAUUUAAGACACAAUCAGAUUUUGGAUGUGGAGUAUCUACAUUAUUUUUCCGAGUUCAAAAUAAGCGAACUUUGGUUGGAUGGAAAUCCAUUGUGCAACAAGUAUACUAACUCUCAAGAGUACAUACAGGCAGUAAAAAAUGUUUUUCCACAUUUACAGAAGUUAGAUGGAAUUGUAAUAGGAAUGGAAAAGAAAUUUGUGCCAAGUGUGCAAAGUAAUUAUCUUGGAAAUGGAACAAAAAUAUCUCUGAUCAAGCAAUUUGUCAAGCAUUUCUUUACACUAUACGACCAAGAAGAUAGAAUAGUUAUGAAUGGUUUGUAUGACAGAAACGCAUUCUAUUCCAUGACAUUAGGUACUAUAACAAAUCAUGUACAUAAAGACAUUGUCAAGACAUUCUCCACAAAUAGAAACUUAUUGAAAUUUGUCGAUUAUGCUAAAUGUAAUGAAUUUCUAUUUUGUGGACCUGAAAAGAUAAUUACUGCUUUACAACGACAACCACCAACGAUACAUAACUUCAAAACAUUUUAUAUUGACUUAUUAUAUGAAGAAGAUAAUUAUCUAGUUAUUUCGGUUCAAGGAUUAUUUUCAUAUCGAGUAUUACUCUGCCCACCUAUGUUCUUCAAUAGAACUUUUAUUAUCAUCAAAAAAGAAGAUAAUGAAUACUGUAUUGUCAAUGAUCAAUAUUAUAUCGAUGGUACACCAGCCAAUACAUUUAACGAAACAAAAUUUGAACAAAAACCCGCACCUAAAUUUACUCCAACAGUACUCAGUGUGUCAGAAAAGGAACAAUUGCUAAGAUUUUUACGUGAGCUUACUACAAUGAAUAUUCGAUAUUGUUAUAAAUAUCUUCAAGAUACAGGCUGGGAUAUAAGAAAUGCAAUCACUACAUUUAUGAAGAAUUAUGCUGUUAAUGACGUUCCUCCAGAAGCUUUUCAAUAAAUUUGUAAUCUCAAA